AAAAGAAAAAAAGUUCUUGUCUACGCAAAGUCACAUCAUUACAUAACUCUUCCAUUAAAACCCUAAAUUCCCAAAUUUUCCCGAGAAAACCUUCCUUCAUGAAUCCCCUUAAAUAAAAAAAAAAUAAAAAUCGGACGAACCAAACACUCGUUCCAAACAUAUGGACCCUCGUCGAACCGCUCGAACAGUCAGCGACCCGAAGGUCCGUCAAGUGGGGUUCUUCACACCACCACCCGACCACGCCAUUUCGGAUCCUCCACGUCACCACGACCCGAUCCAAUCUCCCUCACAGUCUUCCCCUCCGGUUAACGAUCGAUCUCCCUCCGAUAGCUCACUUUCCCCUGUUAUGAUUCCUCCGCCACGUCACCAUUCCGACGCUCUCCUCCGUACGGCUCUCCAAGCUACCUCCCCCACGAAGCCGUUCUCGCCUUCCACUCGAACUGUAAUGAUUCCCCCUGAAAACAAAGACUUGCGAUCGCCUGGUCGAAAGGUCGUUUACGGGAAAUCGCCAUCCUCAUUUUCGGGCGUCAAGGCGAGUAGUGUACCCGCGAGUGAGCUCACCACUGUGUCGGUGGUUAAUUUGGCUCUAGGAAUCUCUGUUGAAGGGAAAAUUUUGACUGCGGAAGAGGCUGGUGGAGCAUCAGUUGAAGUACAGAAUGAUCGACGUGCUAGUUCAAAGCCAUUGAAAGAGAAAACUUCUAAAGCUGAAAGACGUGCCCUGCAGGAGGCUCAACGAGCUGCCAAAGCUGCUGCAAAAGCUGAAGGAAGUAAGGCAUCAAGCUCUGCAUCUAAGGUUGUGACCUCAGAAAAUACAAAACCAAUUAAAGCCACAAAACCCUCUUCACAAAAGAAUGAUGGUUCUCAAGUUGCAGCUUCUGAUAAGAAGGGAGGUGAUCGUGCACCUGAGAAAGAUAGAAAGAAAGAUGCUCCUCAUCCACGAAUGCAAUAUGAUGAUACAAGCCGGGUGGAGAAAGCCAAAAAGCGUGCUGUUGUAAAACAAACUGAAGCUAGGAAUAGAGUGGAACUGUUCAGGCAUUUGCCUCAAUAUGAACAUGGAACUCAGCUUCCUGAUUUAGAGACAAAGUUUUUUGAGCUUGAUCCAAUGCAUCCUGCUCUCUACAAGGUUGGAUUGCAGUAUUUGUCUGGAGAUAUAUACGGUGGGAAUGCUCGUUGUAUUGCGAUGCUUCAAGCGUUCAAAGAGGCUAUCAAGGAUUACUCAACUCCACCAGAAAAAACUCUAAUUAGAGAUUUAACUGCAAGGAUUAGUAGUUAUGUUUCUUUCUUGAUUGAAUGCAGGCCACUGUCAAUUAGCAUGGGUAAUGCAAUCAAGUUUUUAAAGAGUCGAAUUGCAAAAUUACCAUUGGCUCUGUCAGAAUCAGAAGCAAAAACUACACUUAUGUUGGAUAUUGAUCGUUUCAUAAAUGAAAAGAUCAUCCUUGCAGACAAGGUGAUAGUUGAACAUGCUGUUACAAAGAUUAGUGAUGGGGACGUUCUUCUCACAUAUGGGGCAUCCUCUGCAGUUGAGAUGAUAUUAUUGCAUGCCCAUGAGCUUGGCAAAGAAUUCCGUGUUGUAGUGGUUGACUCUCAUCCAAAGCUUGAAGGACAGCUCUUGCUACGUAGAUUGGUGAGGAAGGGCCUUAGCUGUACAUACACUCAUGUAAACGCAGUUUCUUAUAUCAUGCAUGAAGUUACUCGAGUUUUUCUGGGUGCUUCAUCAGUUUUGUCUAAUGGAACAGUUUACUCAAGAGUUGGGACUGCUUGUGUUGCUAUGGUUGCUCAUGCAUUCCGUGUACCUGUAUUAGUGUGUUGUGAAGCAUAUAAAUUUCAUGAAAGGGUUCAGCUUGAUUCAAUAUGUUCUAACGAGCUUGGUAAUCCAGAUGCCAUUUCUAAAGUUCAUGGUAGAGAGGAAAUCAACUACUUAGAUGGUUUGGUCAAUUGUGAAAAUCUGCAGCUUCUGAAUUUAAUUUACGAUGCAACACCUUCAGAUUAUGUCUCCAUGGUAAUCACAGAUUAUGGCAUGGUGCCACCCACAAGCGUGCCUGUCAUUGUGAGAGAAUAUAGAAGAGAACACCUGUGGUCCUAGUCCUCGAAGGCUCGUAAAUGUAUCACCGAGGCUUCUCAACAAUUUUGCUCAUGUUAUAGACCAUCAUUCUGGUCAAUCUCCACGGAACAAUAAGGCGAGAAAAUUUUUAUCACAUGUUUUCUUUUGUUAAAUUUCUUUUCUUCCUCGUGGAAUAAGGCCAUAGGCUCACAUUGUUUCCAGUGUUAUUUUGGUUUUUUUUAACCUGACUCAGUGAAGAGUGCGAUCUUUUCGCCUCUCCGGGCAGAAGUGUGAUGCAAUCUCAUUUGUUGUAGCAAGUUUUGUUUUGGUUUUUCGCUCUUGAGGUUCAAGGAUGAUUAUUGUAGCAGAUUUGACAAUUUUCUUGCAAGAGUUGGAUUUUCUAGCAGAUUUCCUGGAUGAUACCAUUUUUUUUUAUCAGCUACCCAAUACGUGGGAGAUCUUUUCCCAAAUCCAUACGUGUUUUUGUAAGUCGUACUGUAAAUGGUUUGUCUGGAAAUAUACUACCCAUAUUUUUCCUCCACAGCAUACAUUUCGUUUCAUUGCACGGCACCCCGCUUCUAUUUGUCUAGAUGUAAUCCAAGCGGGUUAAGUGCUCGAAGAGUAUAUAUCGAAACAAAUGUGAUUACCUCGAUAGGAUAUUCCUUCCUUCUUUUAUUUAUGGGCAUUCAAAAAUUGGAGGGCAAGGGGAGAACAUUUUGCUUUGCUUAGCGGAUGAGUGUAGCUUUUUGCCUACUGGAGCCAAAAUUGUUUAAUCCAAGUAAAACUUGUUUCUCUAAGCUAGUUGAUUCAUUCUUGCUUGUUCAAAUAUAAUAGCAUCGUUGGGAUGAGCCAUCUCUUUUUCCUGUUGCAAGAAUUUGAGAUAUAGGUUUUG